AUGGCCUCUUUGGCAGCUGCUUUCGCAGCCAAUGAGGAUUUCUCUCGGUAUACCAUCGCCAACCAUGACCAAAUCUCUCGCCUUCCUCCCGAACUCAAGAAUCGUGUCAUUAAUGACCUACCUAUCGGUGAUCUUGGGCGCUUGGCUCAAACUUCUGCGUACUUCAAAGAUGUUAUCACCCCCAUCAUGUACAAGAGAGACAACAAAGAGAGGUUUCCACGCGCUAUGUUUUGGGCAGCAUCAGUCAACCCUGCUGAGGUCAACAAUGAGGAUGUUAUGACAGUCUUGGAUCUUGUUAUCAGAUAUCGCGGCGACCUAAACAAAACAUAUGGCUCAACAGCGCCUCAAUAUUUCAUUGCUACUCCUCUUCAUCUGGCUGCUGUCCGCGGCAAUCUACCCGUCGUCAAGAAGCUCUUGGACUACGGGGCCAAUCCCAACGCUCUCGGAAAGCGAUUCCUCUACAAUAUGGAGCCGUCUCUUGACCAUAAGGAAUUCGAUGAGAGAAUGGGAGAAAUAAAUCAGACGGUAGCUACUGCUUCUCGCUACAGCUUGUUGCGCCCCUUAUUCGUCCCAUUUGUCUUGAAGAAUGAUGAGAUCAUCCAGGCGCUUCUGAGAAAAGGCGCUUCUCCUGUACUCGCCACCGUCGACCCCGGCAGAACGGGUUCUGCCCCUGGGAUAGGCAGCAUCAAUAUUCUACACAUAAUUGCAUCUCAGAAAGGCCGCGGGUAUACAGACCCUGCUGGUCUAUCAUAUUUCAGAAGAUACUCCAACCUCAUUAACGUGCCCGUUUCAGGAGGAGACGCCCCUUUGUCUAUGGCAAUGCGCCACAGCAACUUCGAUUUGAUCAGAGAUCUCAUUGCGAACGGCGCCGACGUUGAAGCAGUGAGCGAGUUCGGAACUACUCCGUUGAUACAGGCUAUCACAUGCUUCAACAAGGGAAAGACGCGGGACAUACGAAAGCAAUACAUGGAACUCAUCCACUUCUUAGUCAAAACCUGCAAUGCCGGCGUCGGCAAGCAUUCCGAUGACAGAGUGCUGCACACACCAUUGGCUUGCGCUGCCACGGGCCUCACCAACGACCUCCAGCACAUCACUUGGAGAAAUGGGAUCAAAGAUACAUCGGCAAUCAUCAACCUCUUACUUGACCAGGGAGCCGACGUCAAUGCAGAACCUAACCGGGGAUAUUCGCUUCUCGGUGUUCUUUGCGGGGUUAUUUCACAGAGAAAAAAGGAAAGAAAAGAAAAGAAAAAAGAAGAGGGAGGUAAUGGUGCUGGAUUCCUAGAGUUCUUCGAGGAACUCGUGAUCGAGCGGGGAGCUGAUGUCAACGCGCUCCUCCCUUCUGGGAGCUCUAUUCUAGGAGCUUGUAUCGUCAAGUACCGUCGUGAACCAUUGGCAUUCUUUCAAUCGCUUCUGGGUCUAAACGCUCGGCUCGCACAUCACGAGAUUAACCCCGUUUUCAAACUGUGGGUGACCAACGGCAGCCUUCGCAAUACAAAGCCCCCACUGAAUAUGCUCGAGUAUAGCCAGGAUAUCACUCAGGAUUCUAUCGACUUUGCGUAUAGGGCUUGUCUUAACGGCGAAGAAAAGAUUUGGGACAUGUUGCAAAGCCACUUUCCACAUAGUACGGCCCCGCAAGAGAUUGCUGCAGAGGCCCUCAUCCGGGAUGACAACCUCAGGCGGUUCUCCAAUACCCUGCGAUUCAAGAACUUUGACGGCAGCUACAUCCAUACUGAUGGAAAUAGUUUCUUGCAUUUGAUCGUCAGGAGGCUGCAGAAGUUCCCAAACUACAAAACCUCUCAAGCGGUUGCCAAUGCAAAAGUCCUUCUCCAGAUGAAUGCCUCUAUCAACUCUACGGACAAGGAUGGCGAGACGGCCUUGGAUAAGCUCGUGCACGUGCGCAUGCGCAGAUGCGAUGCCUACGACCCUUUGAUGCACUUUUUACUCUUUAUUGAUUAUAACGAGCGGCUUUUACGGGAAAAGUACCAAGCCAAGACUAUCUCAAAGGAAGAAUAUGAGCAGGAAUACAAGGCACUCUUUGAAUUGUAA